GCCGCCGGUCUGCGCACUUGAAAGCCGCGAAUGUUCUCAGUGAGGUGCAAUGCACCGAAUACGUGAGAAUGCGCCACUGCAUCAUUUCGACGUAUCGGUUCCUCUCGUGAAUAGCAGACCGUGCGCGAUAAAACGUUCGGUGUUUGCAACCCAGAUUGGAAAAUGAGAACGAUAGUGCAUCGAGAGACUGUCAUUGACCUUCAACUUGUAUCUGAGACUUAACGGUCGUUAGCAUAAUAACGUCAAGCGCUUCACCACGUUGGGUAGUCAAUACGUGUCGUCGCUCCGAUCGCGUCGCAUUGAUCACAUUGAGUCACAUUAGCGUCUUUCGCGCAAUUACAUAACGAGACGCGCGCAAACCGCACACACGACCGCAAUAUAAACGUUGGUUACCGACGAGUUCGCGGUAUUAUCUUCUUACCGGAACUUAUCAACGCGCGCUUACCGCAUUUUCUUGGUAGCGUGGUCUCAACCGCGACACAGCCGGUGUGCAAAACUCAGAGACUCGACGAGUAUAAACCGUGCGUAGAGGUAAAACCGAUUCUUCCGUGCGACACUUGUACGAUAUAUAUAUAGAAACAAAACCGUGUCUCGCGCGCGAACACUUGAAACCUCGAGCAUCUCUUCAGAAAGCCACUCUUUCUCGUAAAUCGAGCGUCUGGUGUAUCGAGUGACACUUCGAUACAUACGAUUCAAAAUCUUUUAAAACUUCGCAUUCUUAUCACCCAGAAAACGAAUCUCGCACACGACAGGCGUUUAAAAACGACGGCGAGUCCGGGAUGACGACCCAAAUCCUAUCAAUGGUGGCGGAUUAUCUAGUGUUCAUCGGAUUCAUCGUGGUCUCCUUCGUGCUGCCGCUAUGGGAAAGCUUCAAAAAGAAGAAAAAGGAGACCAAGGCGACCUAUGUGUUCGCGACCGGUUCCGUGUCGAUGGGCGCGAUGAUGCUGUCGAUCGCGCGCGGCACUCUCGGCGUCCGAUCUUUCCUAGGUUAUCCGUCGGAGUUAUAUUAUCGCGGCAGCGCCAUGUGGGAAACCUUAUACGGAAUGCUGCUGGCGUAUCCUAUUGUCUGCUUUAUUUUCGUUCCCGUUUACUACAGUCUCGGCAUCACGUCGGUCUACCAAUAUCUGGAUAUGAGAUUCAAAUCAAAAUUGGUCAGAUGUUUGGCUAGUUUCUCGUACAUCAUACGAAGUCUUCUAAACUUGGCGGUCACAGUAUUUACCCCUUGCGUCGCCUUGAAUACAGUGAUAAAGCUGCCGUACUGGGCUAGUAUCGUGGGAAUAACGGGUAUUUCCGUAAUUUUCACGGUCAUGGGAGGCUUAAAAGCCGCUAUCUUAUCAGAUGUUAUUCAAGGCAUUGCAAUGAUCGGUGUGUCCGUGGUGAUCAUCGUACAAGGAACAAUCAGCGUUCACGGUCCGGCUAACGUCGUUAACGUGACUUAUGAACGCGGACGAUUGGACUUCUUCGACUUUAAUAUAGAUCCCACUGUUCGAGUGUCAACGGUAUCGGCGACGCUGGGUCAGCUCUUCAUGAGUCUAUCCAUUUUCGGAUGUCAACAGAAUUUUGUCCAGAGAUACUGCAGCAUGUCGAGCCAAAAGAAGGUCGUCAAGACAAUGAUGGCCAAUAUGCCCAUAAUCACGAUCCUGUUCUCGUUAUCUUGGAUCGUCGGGAUGGUGAUCUUCGCUAAUUACGCCGAUUGCGAUCCUUUGAGCCUGGGUUACAUUUCCAAGAUUGACGAGAUCGUACCGUUCUACGUGGAAGACAAAUUUCUUCACGUACCCGGUAUGCUUGGCCUGGUAAUGGCGACUCUCUUCAACAGCGCUUUGACUUUGGCGGUUUCGAAUCUCAAUUCCCUCGCAACGGUCACUUUCGAGGACUUUCUAAUUCACAUCCCGUCGUUGAAAGAGUUGAAAGACACGCAGCAGCUCCGCGUAAUCAGAAUCAUCGGUGUUAUCUACGGUCUCGUGAUAAUCGGCUUGAGCUUCCUGGUGGCAAUGCUGUCCGGCGUGAUAGAAUCAUCCAUGCUGAUGACUUCGGCGACGUCCGGACCACUUCUCGGCGUGUUUAUUCUCGCUAUGCUGAUCCCUUGCGCCAACUGGAAAGGCGCCGCGGCUGGCAUGAUCUUCAGUCACGUAACCACGUUAUGGAUCACGUUCGGUCAUCUCAGCCUCGGCACCGUGGUCGACACGCUGCCAUUGUCGACGGAAAAGUGCAGCAACGAAACGUUCUCCUCGCUGGUCACAAGACCGAUUAGCAUCGAGGAUUAUGCGCAAAAUGUCACGUGGACGAGGUCACAAGAGACCGCCACGCUGUCGUUCAACGAGACGAAGGAGAAGUGGUCGAAUUCUCUGAACGCCAUUUACAGUGUCAGUUACAUGUAUUACGCUUUCAUUGGCAGCCUGACGACGAUUCUCGUCGGCAUCAUCGUGAGCUUACUUACGGCCGAUCCCGAGAACGACAAGUACGAGGAGCAUCUGCUGCAUCCCAUGGCGCGAAAGGUGGCGGGAUUCUUUCCCGGGAAACGAAGGCUCUACUCGAGCAGCACUCGUCUCGGCAAUAAAAACGACGCCACGAACGGCACGAACGAGACUCUCUCUUCGGUCACGUGUGCCGCCGACGAUGUUGAAAAACCGAUUUCCCGGACGAAUCAGGGAUUCGUGGACGAUAAGGGCAAGUUGCACUUGGACAACAGUUAUAUGGAAAAGCUGAACGCGCUGAAGACCGCGUCUCUCGACGUGACUAACGAGAUAGGCAAACACACUAGACUCUGAUUCGACGCUAGUCCCAUAAGUGCGUGUUCCUCGUAUAUAUUUUAUAUUACUCGCAGUAUUAACAUCGGAACGAAAAAUCUCCUGAGACACUUUACGAGAUUGGUGAACAAAUGGAUCAAGUUGGACGAGCGAACGGUUGUUACAUUGUUUUUGUGUGUUAGUGUCAAAUGUUGUAAUUCUAAACGUGGUAUGUGCGAAUGAUCUCUAGUGUGCAUGUAGAGAACGUAAUUACGCGUGAACAAAGUUUUCCUCGAUUACAGUGCUCGAGUCGCGCACGCUCAUAUUCAGCUCAAAAUAUCGCUCAAAUGAAAGCAAUUCAGGAGGUUGCAACUAGCUAGGCAAAACAAACUUUUGACUUAUGUGUGCCAAUUAGAAUUAACUGCUGGGAGCCGCGCGAAUUUUGUAAAUUUGAUAGACGCGAUUUGCAGGCGAAGAUUGUCAAACGCACGUGUCGAAUAAGUACUUGCGUCACCGCAACAAACGAGUUUUCUACAUCUCGAACAGAGAAGAGAAACGGCGGAAAAAAUCCGAUGUAAUUGCUUAGAAACCGGCAGAGUUUGCGUUUAGUCGAAAGUUAAACGGCAAACUUGUGUACGCGCUACCGAUCACUCGAAUACAAUUUAAUUACGAAAUAACGAGAGACUGAUGACCCAAUCGACGGAAGCGAACGCCUUCUUCGCUUUCGUUCUUGUGUCAUACGAUAUUUCAUCCGGAACAUGCGAUCAUAUGUCGCGUUAUUCUCUCACUACACACUCCUCUUUUUAUUAUUUGAUAAAAGAUUCGAAGUUCGGAGUCUCCUUAUUUUUAUCCCCUUGAACAGUUUAGAAAAUAUGUUAACGAUAUAUUUUAAUGUAUUAGAUAUAUACAUAUGUAUUUUUUAAGUUAAGGUAGGAUUCUCUAUAUUUAUGUACAUAUAUUUAUACAUGUACAUAAUUAUUAAUGUGGUAUAAAAACUUUUAUCGAAGAAAAUUAAAGUCGCCUGUCGAUUUCUUAAGAGUUCUACAGGAGUAAAGAAGGAGUAGUGUAGUUUAGUAUAGCGCAGUUGCGAAAACAAAAUGUGCAAGCAUUUCAACAAUUUGAUAUUAAACUCUAUAAUUAAUUUUUUUAAUUUUAAUUGAUGUUAUAUGAUAUUUAUACACUUCUUCGUAUCUAGCGAAGUUCACUGAAACUCAGUGGUCGUGAGGAUUUCUUAUUUAAUGUAUAUUUAGAUUUUGCAAACAAUCAAUACAACAGUAUUCAGAUUGUAAACGGGUUCUAAGAACCUUACGUAAUAAAUUAAGUGUUCUCUUUUUAAGAAAGGAGCAAGAUAUUGAUAUGUGUAUGCACUUUUACGUGUGUAUUGUUCUCGGAUGCGUCAAGCAUUGAUGUUAUAAAUUUAUUUUUAUACUUCAGAGAAAGAAUGAGAUAUUUUUUUGGCUUUUUUUUAAACAGAAUAUUUUUUCCCUGAAAUAUAUAUAUAUAUAUAUAU